UAUUGUUUGGAUCACAGUUGAGUCAAUUGUAAUAGUUGAGCUUUUGCAAGUAGGUAGAUAUGUUACUUCGUGAAAUCUUGUGUUUACCAUCAGUUAUAACGAAAGAAUGGGCGACUUGAAUUAUUCCGAGCUUACUCGUCGUGGGCCUCCGAACCCAAAUAUGCCUUGGGAAGGAGCUGCUUCUCUUACCCCUACAGGCUACCCUACAGUCUAUCGCGGCCGCGAGGUCAUUCGACCCCUUGAAAUACCAAAUUAUCAUCCUCUUGUCGAGGACAGUCCAAUCAACGAUAAUGAUGCAAUGGUCAAACAGAUCAUUGGCAAAGGCUGUGGUCUCGCCAGCUUAAUCACAGAGAACUUGUUGAUACAUCCGUUUAUUGUUUUAAGGAGGCAAUGUCAAGUCAAUCCCAUUUCAAAAAAAUAUCACGUGGUGCCAAUAACUUUGAUACCUGUUAUCAUAAGGUUGCAUCAAACACAAGGAUUAAAUACCCUUUGGAAGGGAAUAGGCUCAGUUUUGCUUGUAAGGGGUCUGACUCUUGCUGUUGAAGAUCUGGUCUCCAAAGUAACACCAUGGCCCAAAGAAUUAACUCAUCUUUCAUUCAAAAGCUUAGGACAACACAUUCUUUUGAAAUGUGUAUCCAUUGGAGUAGUGACACCAUUUUAUUCAGCUUCAUUGGUGGAAACUGUACAAUCCGAAGUUGCCUCUGAAAGACCUGGUGUCUUGGAUGUGUUCCGCGAUGGUGCAAUAAGAUUACUCGAUGUAGGAAACAAGGGGCGUCUCAUUCCUAUUUAUGCCCUAUUACCACCUACUAUUGUAUGUAGUGUUGUUAAAUAUCUCUUUACUAUUUCUGUCAAAUCAAUUGCCAGUCACAUCAUGAGGACUAGGCAUAAAUAUACUCAAGAAUCGCAGGGAGCAUACAGUCGAGAUUUGAUAUCCGAAUCGGCUGCACAAGACAUAGAAAUACAAUCUGUGUUGAUUUCUAUGUUCACAGCCGAAGUUAUUUUUUAUCCGUUUGAAACUGUAAUUCAACGUCUCCAUUUGCAGGGCACUCGUACUAUAAUAGAUAAUUUGGACACGGGGCGCAGUGUCACAGCUCUGCUAACGGAUUAUAGCGGAGCUGCAGAUUGUUAUCGUAAUAUCAUUUCUACCGAAGGUCCCUUAGGAUUGUACAAAGGUUUUGGAGCUUUGAUUAUGCAAUUUGCUGUACAUGUUUUAGUAUUAAAAUCCACUAAGUGGAUUUUAACAGAAGUAGGUACAUUUUUAAGACCUAAACAAAAAAUACCGAAAUCUGCACCACCGUCAUAUUAUGAAAUUUAAAAGAUAAAAAUAUUAAAACCGAUAUUUUAUUCAUGAUUUUUAUGUAAAAAUAGAUUUUUUAAAUGUAGAAAUCUUGUAUGAUGUUUCUUUGCAUAGAGUGCUGCACUUUAAUUCGUAGCUUUCUGAUUUUUUUUUUUUUUUAAGAUCCUGUAUAUAAACGUUAAAUUUGUUUAAAUUUGUUAAAACAAUUUUUAUGUAAAUACACAACUUCGCGGUUCUUUGAUUCCUGUGGCAUCGCAUAUUGUGAGUAUAUUAGAUUAUUGGAUUUGCGACGCCACUAGAAUUGUAGACAUGCCCAAAACUUACUCUAAUUUUAUACAUAGCUAGUCAUAGACCUUUGUUGUAAUCAAAUUAAUCAAUCAUUCUAUAAAUGUAUACUAUUUAUAAUUAUACAGUGAACAAAACAUUAAAGGGAUUUCAAAAAUA